CGCCGAAGCGCUGGCUCGGAGCGGCCACUGCUGCAGCCCGGGCGGCGGGCUAGGGCGCACGCAGGGCUUCUGGGCCGACCCGGUCCCCGCGCCCCCGCUGCCCGCCCCGGGCCCGCCCCCGCCCCCGCCGCCCGGCCUCGCUCCGGGGUCCCAGAUGAGCACCGAGGGCGGGCCCCCGCCGCGCCCGCAGCCGGCCCCGCUCCGCCGCGCGUGCAGCCCGGCCCCCGGCGCGCUCCAGGCCGCCUUAAUGAGCCCGCCGCCCGCCGCCGCCGCCGCAGCCCUGGAGACCCCCUCCUCCUCGUCGUCGUCGUCGUCGUCGUCGUCCUCGUCGUCGUCCGCAGCCUCCUCCAGCUCGGCCGGCUCCUCGGCGGCCGCCUGCAAGAGCGCGGGCGGCGGCGGCGCGGGCGCGGGCGCUGGCGGCGCGGGCGCCAAGAAGGCGAGCUCGGGGCUGCGGCGGCCGGAGAAGCCGCCCUACUCGUACAUCGCGCUCAUCGUCAUGGCCAUCCAGAGCUCGCCCAACAAGCGCCUGACGCUCAGCGAGAUCUACCAGUUCCUGCAGGCGCGCUUCCCCUUCUUCCGUGGCGCCUACCAGGGCUGGAAGAACUCGGUGCGCCACAACCUCUCGCUCAACGAGUGUUUCAUCAAGCUGCCCAAGGGCCUGGGGCGGCCCGGCAAGGGCCACUACUGGACCAUCGACCCCGCCAGCGAGUUCAUGUUCGAGGAGGGCUCGUUCCGCCGCCGGCCCCGCGGCUUCAGACGGAAGUGCCAGGCGCUCAAGCCCAUGUACCACCGCGUGGUGAGCGGCUUGGGCUUCGGGGCCUCGCUGCUGCCCCAGGGCUUCGACUUCCAGGCGCCCCCGUCGGCGCCGCUCGGCUGUCACGGGCAGGGCGGCUACGGGGGCCUCGACAUGAUGCCCGCGGGCUACGACGCGGCCGCGGGCGCCCCGGGUCACGCGCACCCGCACCACCACCACCACCACCACGUCCCGCACAUGUCGCCCAACCCGGGCUCCACCUACAUGGCCAGCUGCCCGGUCCCCGCCGGCCCUGGGGGCGUCGGUGCGGCCGGGGGCGGCGGCGGAGGCGGAGGAGGGGACUACGGCCCGGACAGCAGCAGCAGCCCCGUGCCCUCGUCCCCGGCCAUGGCGAGCGCCAUCGAGUGCCACUCGCCCUACACCAGCCCCGCGGCGCACUGGAGCUCGCCCGGGGCCUCGCCUUACCUCAAGCAGCCCGCCGCCCUGACCCCGAGCAGCAACCCCGCGGCCACGGCCGGCCUGCACUCCAGCAUGUCGUCCUACUCGCUGGAGCAGAGCUACUUGCACCAGAACGCCCGCGAGGACCUCUCAGUGGGACUGCCUCGAUACCAACAUCACUCUACCCCAGUGUGUGACAGAAAAGACUUCGUCCUCAACUUUAAUGGCAUUUCUUCUUUCCACCCCUCGGCUAGCGGGCCAUAUUAUCACCAUCACCACCACCAGAGUGUCUGUCAGGACAUUAAGCCCUGUGUCAUGUGAAUGGAGGGAGGGAGGGAGGGAGGAAAGGAGGCUGGAGGUUCCGCCAAGGCCGCUGGCUCCUGCAUGGGGGCAGCAGUGAGUGAGGUGGGCUCACACAAAUGCACGCCACAGCAGUCAGCAGCACUGGCCACUUAGCCACAGCUCUACUGGUUUCUGCCUCCCGCCCGGUAGGGUUACCCCUGGCCAGGUAACAAUAUCUCCAAUGCAGACAGGCAGAGUGACACAAGGAGGGCCAGAGCCAACCCAGAACCCAGCUUCUUAGCAGAGAUGAGUAAGCAAAAAACAAUUUUUUUAAGUCACCACAUUCAAAACAAUAAACCUGCAACUCUGGGAUUUCCGUUGCCUUCAGUGAUCAGGGUCUGAAAGAACUUAAGCGCGUGUUUUCUUCUGCCUAUGAAAAUGUGCGUGUGUUUUUCAGAAAGGCAGGGCUAAGCACAAGAUUUCAAGAGAGUCUUAUCUUGUUGCCUAGCUGAGUAGUUCAAUUUCCCCCCAAACACUGUGUUUGGACACAGGUGCCAAAGAACAUUAUUAAGAAAGUAUUUAGAACCAAUGUGUCUAGUUUAAGAAAGUGUUUUUUUUUUCCAGUAUUGUGACAAUACAACGAUUUUUACAAGUUGUUUUCUACCACCAUAUUUUAAAGAUACUUUUAUGAUCUUCGUGUAUACUCACACUUUGCUUGUAUUUUCAAAGGAGGAUAUAUUUGCACUUAUAUAUACUUUUACAGUUUGCCAAACUAUUUUGAUGUAAAAUUUUUUUCAAUAAAAUGUAUAUAACAAAUA